ACCAAAUGAGGUGGUACUAAAUUUCUGGGAGGGAGAAGAUGAUGCUUUUUACCAAUGUGAAGAAUAAGGUUGCUAGAUGGAAGAGACAAUUCAUUUUUGUUCAUGAUAUACGAACGAAGAGAGUGAAUAACAAAUUGGCUACCUACAUCUUUGAGUGGCGGACAGCCCAAACUUAUAUGAACUAUCCCACGCUAGUGCCAUGUGAUGUGGAUUUAAAGAACGCGCUGUUAGAUUAUGUGAAGGAGAAAAGAUUGGUGGAUCUGGAGGCCUUAGUUACCCUUGAGCAAUUAGCGACGUUUGGGUUUGUGGAUACCGCAAACUUAUAUGCUGAAGGCAACAUGAAUAGACACAACGGUCAAGAAGCAAGCAAACGGAUUCUAGCUCGCAUAGGUAGACUCGUUUUGACAAGCGACCAUCAGAUCCACCUUGGAGGUUGUCUCACAAGGAGUGAGGCUCCAGCUCAGCAUCAAGGGUGCGUGCCGAGCAAAAAGUUGAAACAUUACUCUCAGACUCUCGUAGGCAUGCACGCGAAGCUAUGGAUCCUAAUGAUGAUGUACCACCUCUUGUGCGGUAGCAGUCUAACUUUAGAGUUCAGUCCGUUAUUACGCGUUCCUUUAACGUGCCUUCUACACUGGGAAGAAAUGGUGCUGAAGCUGGGUCAACACAAACAUAGGGUAUGCAUAACUCCAUCCCUCCUAUGGAUUGGCAACACACCAAAGGCUACAUGCAACAAAAUGAUGGCCAUGUCGCACAUGCUAAAAUUGAUGGAUAGCUUUGAAAUGGCUAACAAAGCUGCAUCUGCUAAGAGUCGAGCAGAGGGGUUGGUUGAUAAAGUGAACGAGUUGAAAGAAGAGCUUGAAAAGGCUCAAGCUGAAAGAGAGAGGGAGAGAGCGAAAUCUCAACUGCCAAACGAGAGGUGGAGCGUGUUGAAGAGCGCGCAAUGAAGGCUGAGGCAGAAAGGGAUAAUGCUAUAAACGAGCUAACUCCCUGAGAUCGCAAGUGGCCAAGGCUGAUCAGGAACUUGGGCAUGUGCAAAUGGCGAUGAAUGAAAUGAAAACGUCAUUUUGAC